AUGAGUUCUAGUAAACAGCGUCCAGCCCCGACUGGUCCGGGAAACCACCUGGGCGGUAGACCACGCAAAGCCUGCGACGAAUGCAGGUCGUUAAAGGUUCGCUGUAGCAACGAGAGGCCAUCAUGCAAAAGAUGCAGCCGCCUGCGACGACCAUGCACAUGGACACCAGCAGCUACUGCUCAACGGGCACCAAACCCACGUAACAAUGUGCCGUCUGCUGUUACGGUAGAUUCUAUAGCUCCUAAGGACGUUCGUGGUGAUCUCGGUAUUCCCGCAGCCCUGCUGUCCAAACUGGUGGACGGUUACUUUUCCGAGUUCUUUUAUGCGCCGCUGCUUCUCCAUCCACCGACAUUCCGCCAAGCUUUAGGCAACAAUAGCGUCAAGAAGCAUGUCAUUCUCAGCGUCUGUGCAGUUGCAUCAAGCUUUUAUGUUGGUAGCAGUCAAGACACAUAUCUGUUCAACGACGGCUUCUCUUCAGAAUGGGCCGACAACGCUCAAUCGCUCGUCUUUGCAGAUCUGGCUUCUCCACAGGAAGAAAAUAUGGUAACUCUAUUGAAUCUGACACUAUUCUGGUACUGCCAAGGGCAAUGGCAGCGCUCAUUUCUUCUUGGAUGCAACACCUUCUGCAUUGCGCGUAUACUCAACUUUCCGGACAGUAUCUCUUCUAACGAUACAUCUCUCUCUGCUGAGAUGAGCCGAAGGCGAUUCUGGGCGUCAUAUACAAUGAGUCGACUUUCAGGCAUGCUCAACGAUUGGAUCGUGCCUUUCGAGACCCUGGGAAAGGUUCCUCUUCCAUGGGGCGAAGACGAUUUCAGUCGCGGGCGGCUUUCUGAAAAUUUGAUCAUGUUUACCGAUUCGGAAAGGGAUAAUAGUUUCUUUGCUGAGAUAAUUAGAAUCGGCGGUCUUUGGACGAAAGUCCACAAAUUCAUACAGAGUACAGAGCUGGAAUUCGGUGAAAGACUAGCGACUAUUCAAGCCAUGGAUACCGAACUCCGAAAAUGGCGGAACAGCUUGCCCGAAGUAUUCACCUUCACUGAAACAAAGGCACGGAAUUGUGACCCAUCGGCGCUGUCCCAAGUUCUCCUGAUCAACGUUCUCUUCCAUCAAAGUUUAUGCGUCCUUCAUGCCUCCAUAAUUCCUCUAUUCACCUUCUGUCGGGUUAGUCCCGGCCAUGGCGAUGCGCAAACCCGAUCCGCACAAACGGCAUUCGACCACGCCAAGCACAUAUCUUCGCUGCUGCAAAAAUGCGCUACAUCACAUAACAAAGACCAAUCGGGGUUUAUCGGAUACUCUGCUUACUGUUCUUCCGCAAUUCAAUUGCCGUUUUUGUGGUGUCAAGCAACAGACGUAGCUGCCAGGGUAACGACGAAUAUUAAAACAAACUCCCUGGUGAUGAGUCGCGUUGGAAAGAGAUGGAAGUUAGUAGCCGGUCUUGAGAAGCAUCUUCGAUCACUGCGGAGAUAUCAUGAAAUUAGUGGCUAUUCCCUACAGGACGAGCCAUGCAAUAUCGACUCGGAAGAACUCAAUCGUCACAGCAGGAGCUUUGACCGCACGCGGACAUCGCUUCUUGGCCACAAUGAUAUUAUAUGGAAGUAUGGACAGAUAUCAGAAUGCGGAGAGAUUGUGAAACUGGAAGUCGAUGAUGAUGGGCAGCACGAGCCGGAUAGAGGGCUUGAUCUCAAUAUGACGGGCUUCCCAGCUUAUAGUGAUGUUGCUGCUGAAAUGUUGGAUGACUUUCUAGCACCGUUUUGCGUACCUGCGGAUUUGGAUGCUUUCAUGGCAGACUCUACGCCCUAUUGA